GGUCUGUUCAAUACUGUAUGUGUACCACAUGGUGUUUAUCACAUGUGUCAUAUUCAAUGAUAUUCAAGAACUAAAUAAUAUUAAAUAAUAUUAAUAACACUGAAUGUUUAUUACUAAAUAGAAUGGCAGGUUUUGGAAGAUUGAUCGCUUCUAUUGAGUCAAGAAAUUUGAUGUGUGCAAGAAGUUACUUGCCGAGCUCCUGUCAAAGCGUUGCAAGAAGUACAGCUGCAUGUUUGAAAGAAAAUUUACCCAUCAAACCAAAGAGGCCACAACCUGCCUUCUUGUUGUAUAUACAAUCUGUUAGACAAAAGAUAUUAAAUGAGAACCCUAGUCUAAAAUCUUCUGAAAUAGUACAAAUGGCAUCCAAAGAAUGGGCAAAUAUGGAUUCUACACUUAAAGAAAAUUAUAGAAUACAAUAUAAAAGAAACUAUGAAGUUUAUCAAGGAGAACUACAGAAAUUCAAAAGUUCUUUGACAAAAGAACAGCUGGAAUUGAUGAAUGAUAUGAAAAUUAAGGAGCAACAAAUGAAUGUUAAAAAAGAAAAUAAAUUGAAACAAACAAUAUUUAAGAAGCCCAAAAGACCACAAAAUGCAUUUCUGUUGUUUUUGAAAUCUCAGAGGGACAACAAAAGUCCAGAUAUGUCUUCUUUGGAAUGGCUAAAGUCAAUGAAAGAAAAAUGGAAUAACUUGCCAAAUGAAGAGAAGCAACAAUUUUCAACUGAGGCAGCGCAGUUGAUGACACAAUAUGAAAAAGACCUCGCAAAUUGGGAAAAGGAGAUGAUAAAUUUGGGUCACUCAGAGAUUGUAAGAAGUAAAACUCUGCGUAGUUUCAAAGAAAAGGAAUAGGCAAUGUAUUAAAUAACUUAUUUAAUAUUAAUAAUAGAAAAUAUCAAAUUGUUUACAAAUUGCAUGGAAUGAUCAAUCUAUUCAAAAACAUCUUUUUAUACCAUGGAAGUCAUAAAUGUGAACUUUCUAAUAUUGAUAGCAACAUGUUUCCAUUUAAAAGCAAAAAAAAAUCCGGCGGAAUUUGUAUCUAACUUUACCUAUGUAAAUUUUUAUAAAUUGUAUUCAUUCUUAUUAAACAAUUGUCAGUGUUCUAAUA